GUAGUGUGGUGUAGUGUAGUGUAGUGUAAAGUAUGUGAUGUAGUGUAGUGUAGUGUAAAAGUGGCUUGAUGGUUAAGGUUGUAGGUUACUGAUCGGAAGGUGGGGGGUUCAAGCCCCAGCACUGCCCUUGAUCUCCAUGCUGUAUCAUGACUGAAAGUAGUGUAGAAAGUAGCAUGCUGGGAUAUGCUGUAAUGUGACUAAUAAAAGACUCAUUAUAAUUAGAGUGAUGUAAUGUGAUGUAGUGUGCUUCUGGCUGUGUGAGGAUUUAGUGGUUGUAUAGAACACUCUCAGAAAUAAAGAUAAUGAAGUUAACGUUUCCUUGUUGCUCAUGUGGUAUCAUUAAUGCUAUAUGUUUUGUACAUUUUAUAUAUUUGAUCUGAAAAAAUGGAAUAAAGUACAUGUUUAAUGGUGUUUUAAUUUGAAGGUGUAUAUAUAAAGUGGACUUUAAGGACCACUGACAUACCUUUAAAGUGUUACUCUAGAAGAUAUGUUAAUUUAAUUAUGAACUUUCCUAAUCAUUAAACACCACAUGCACCUUCUCAGGUAGCAAAGGGCCUACAUAGGGGAUACAUCCGAACCCAAAGAAGGUCUCUAACACCCAGCUGAAUAAUGUCUGAUUCCUGUCGAAAUGUCACUGAUCUGAUGAUUACUAUUUCUGAUGAAUAAAAUUUCACUUCCACAUAAAAUCUCAGCCACGGACUUUCCGCGUUUAGAAAUCUGAACUCGUGGAAUGGGGGCGUGUCUAAUGAGGACAGGGCGUGCCCAGUGCGCGCGGGGCGUGGUUUGCUGUCUGAUAAAUUCCGUUGCGCUGAGCUCGAGUCAGACACACCGAGAAUCAGUGCUCAGAGACGCGUACCGAGCAGAGCGACACACCGAGCAGACAUGUACACCAGACCCACCUCCAUGAGCUUCACCUACCCGAGCCACAGCGCGAGCUACAGACCGGUGGCGCGCAGCACCGAGCCCGAGGUGUUCACCUUCGACCGGAUCCCGGUUCAGCACUUCAGCCCGCCGAGGCAGCCGCAGCGCCGCAGAGUAAUGCGAGUCAUGUACCCGGCCAAAGUGCGCAAAUACCUGCCUCCGGCCGAGAAGAGCCCCGCCAAGCGCUGGCUGCUGGCGCUGUGCCUGGUGCUGCUGGCGCAGAUUUACACCGAGCGCGACGACGAGCUCGACAUCACGGAACCGGCCGCGCUCUCAAACGCUCUCUCCGCGGAUCUGCCGGGCGAUGAUGCGUCUGCGUCCUCGCCGCUCUUCCUGCACUUCCGCUCGGCCGAGGAGAGCGCCAUGCGCAUGACCAGCUGCUCCAAAGACUCUGGGCCGUGGAUAAACACGACGUGCGAGGCGGAGGAGACAGAAGUGCAGGAACACCGUCAGCACCGCCUGCAGCAGAGGAAAAACCCCUACGUGGUGGCGCUCCUGUAUCCCGCUGUUCUCCACACGCUGGGCUGCGAGCAGUGAACACCCUCCACCCAUCCACCCAUCCAUCUAUCUAUCUAUCAAGCACUGAUGGAGGCUCUCAGAGACAGAGAGACAGCAGGCUGAGGAAGACAGACAGAAGGUGUUCACCUCAGCUGGACUGUUCUGUGCACAUCUGCAUGAACACCUGCAUUGUUCAUGAAGUAAUUAAUCACUGAAGAACUGCAUUACUGAGUAGAAUGAAGAGGUUAAAUCAGCACUUUUCCUGUGCAGAGAUGCGAGACAGGAACUGACCGAGACACUUUAAACACUUUUGAUGGACUAAACUUGAACUUGAAGUGUAACUUUAUAUAUUUAUUGUAAAAUAAUAAUAAUGAAAUCGGGUACUGUGUAAGACAGGACUACAGACCCGUGUGAUGAUGAUGAUGAGCAACACUUGAACUCUCUGAACCAGUUGUUUGAUGAAGAAAUGCUGUUCCAUGCUCACUCUUGUAGUUAUUUAUUCUGUGCUAUUUAUGUCAUGAAUAUUUAAUGUCCUAUUUAUUUUUCUGCGUAAAAUAAACAUGUGAAGUUUGCAUACUUGUGUUUCCCUUAGCUUUUUUUUAGUCGCUGAAUAAUACCAGAAGGAGAAUAGACAGCCAUGAAACACAACACACACACACACACACACACACACACACACACAGGCACAGGCACAAGCACAAGCAUGUCAUCUCACAGAGUAAAAAAAACAAUACUGGGGCUUUUAGCUAUAAACAGGUUUCUACUUGCAUGACGAUACAGGAACACUGUUAAGAUA